GCAGUGCCUGCUUGUAUCUGACAGCUUCUUCACAGUGAAUUAUUGAAAGCCCAUCCCGCUACUGCAAUGGAUAUGACCCAGGUCCAAUUCAGGCUGCUGUCGCAGUCAGUAGGGCCGUCUGACAAUUUCACUGAUGCCCUCCUCUUCGAUGCGUCCAAAAACAGCCGCAAGGUCAAGAAGAAGGGCCCGACAGUCAAGCGAGCCGAGGAGCUGCAAAGAAUUUGCAACUUGAAGUUCGAGCCGGGCACUUUCGGCGUGGGCGACGUAGCCAAGGCGGUCAUAUCCUUCGACAUCGCCUGCCACCUGCUGGGCGACACUGCAGUGGACCCACGCAAGGCAGCCAAGCUCAGCGGCAUGUCGCCCCCAGCGUAUGCCCGGGCUCGAGCGGCCAUUCAGAACGCCCUUGGCGUCAGGUCGCAGUUGAGCCUGCCCCAGUUGGCCCUUCAGUUCGGCUGCAUGCGAGUGCUGGAGUCCACUCAACGCAACCUGCACAUGUUCACCUCUCGCUUCACUCACUCCCUGCCGGAGGCGCGGCGGGGCAGCACUGACUUCUCGCGGCCAGCAUAUAUGGCAGCUGCGCUCAUGCUCACCGCCACACGCAACAAGCUGAAGGUGGACAUAGACAAGCUGCUCGAGGUGUCACGGGUGGGCAAGGACGAGUUUCAGCAGGUGGUGGCGUGCAUGGAAGCCCAUUGUGCGGAUGUGUUCGGGUCGUCUCACAGCAAUGCAUCGCAAAGCAAGCCACAGGAGCAGCACCCACAACGGCAGCAGCCACCAGUCCAGCACAGGCAGCAGCAGCAGCAUCAACGCCAACAGCAGCAUCAGCAUAUGCACCAGCAACAGCAACAGCAGCAGCACAGUUACACGCAGCAGGCUUCAAUUGAUCCUCGCUGCCAAUCACUAUCAUCCAAUGGUGGAGAUGGAGCAGGGAGAGGAGACGGUGGCAGUGGAACGGCCGAAAAGGAUAGACUCCAAUCGGCCAGGGACGCUCAGUCGCACCGGCAGCACCAGCAGCACCGGCAGCACCAGCAGCAGCAGCAGCACACCUCUGCAGCUGACGUGGCAGACCAGCACCAGAACACUAGUUCAUCACAUGUGGCACCACAGCAACACGGUCCUGGCAGCAGCAGCAACAGAAGCACCAUGGCAUUGCCCCAAGCUAAGCUCACACUUGUCAAGAGACGCUUAGGCCUCCCAGGCCCUGCUGGCCAGCUGUGUCAGGCAAAGCUUAGCUUCAAGCGCGUCAAGACGACCGCCUAGAAGGUGGUGGCUUUCGAGGUUCGAGUCGACUCAGAGGUCGCCCUGCUGGCACGCUGUGUCAAAUGGGUCCUAGCUUCAAGCGCGUCAAGACUGCUGCCACGAAGGACCAACGCCGACAGCUGGGGUUACAAACAAGUGUCAGAAUGUGUGGCAGCAUGUUACAUAAUGCAGAUGUAGCAUGCUCUGGUGCGUUGAUUGUAUGCCCAGAGCUAGUACUGCCUCAGAAAUGACGUGUCGUCGAGCUCCAAACACUUCACAUGAUAUGUACAGGACAAAUAGCCACAGAAUAAUAAUAAUGUAACAGAGUGUUU